AUGAGGAAGACACUCGUGGUACAUGAUUUGUGCUUGUCUCCAAUACAAAUUGUAACGCUGCUGUUCCUCGUAUUCCAUUCCUCUGUUGGCAGUUCCUCCGCGUGGUUGCUGUAUAGUCGUACCCUCAAGACGUAUCCCCGGUCUCGUGUACUACCACCAAGAAUGACAUCCACCGACGACGACAAACCAAUCAACAAUGCCAUGGUUCGUAUUCGAGACUGCGACUUGCAAAACAAUAGCGAUCGAACGAGCUUGCUUUCCUUGGUUCGCGAGCUCCAGGCUCACGAAGUGGCCGUGUACGACCGGAUGAAACGCCCGGAGGACCUUGGCGACGAUUAUCUGGCAUAUCUGCAGGACGAAUGUCACGAACAUGCGGGUCACAUUUUGUUUGCCGUCAACGACGAAACAACAUGCGUGCAAGGCUAUGCCGUGGUCUUGACCCACAUGACAUCGGCGGACCAAAUCGAAGAAGUGGACUACAAGUACGGCAGCGUGACGGAAUUGGCCGUGACGGCCACAUCCCGCGGCCAGGUCAUUGGGCAACAAUUGCUGCAGGAAUGUGAGCAACGGGUCCAAAAAGCAGGUGUUUCCUAUAUGCGGACCGAAGUGUUGGCCAGUAACCCGGGAGCACACAGAGUCUAUCACAAAUUUGGAUUCCCGAGAUCAUUUGAUCAUGAUGGAGAAGAAGUUAUGAAAGCGUAA